AUGGGCUUGAAGAAGCUUAGUAUUGCUAAUGUUGACCUCAAAGGCAAACGCGUGCUCAUUCGCGUUGACUUCAAUGUUCCUAUGAAGGAUGGAAAAAUCACGAACACUCAAAGAAUCGUGGCUGCUUUGCCAACAAUUAAAUAUGCCUUGGAAAAAGGAGCGACUAGUGUAGUACUUAUGUCGCAUCUUGGUCGUCCGGACGGCAACAAAGUAGACAAGUACUCCCUCAAGCCAGUUGCCGAAGAGGUGUCGAAACUCUUGGGCAAGCCUGUCCAGUUUCUUCCGGAUUGUGUCGGUGAUGCGACUAUCCAGGCUUGUAGCAAUCCUGCUCCCGGAUCUGUAUUUCUAUUGGAAAACCUGCGGUUCCAUGUGGAAGAAGAAGGCAAGGGUGUGGGUCCGAAUGGUGAAAAGGUUAAAGCCGAUCCGGCUAAAGUGAAAGCCUUCAGUGAAAGUCUCACUAAGUUGGGUGAUGUGUACGUCAACGACGCUUUUGGCACUGCCCACCGAGCUCACGCAUCAAUGGUUGGUUGCAAUCUACCUCAAAAAGCCUGCGGAUUUUUGAUGGACAAAGAACUGACGUACUUCGCCAAGGCCCUCGAAAACCCCGCCCGACCCUUCUUGGCUAUCAUUGGUGGCGCCAAGGUCAGUGACAAAAUCCAGUUGAUCAAAAACAUGUUGGACAAAGUGAACGAGCUAAUCAUCACAGGAGGUAUGGCGUUCACCUUCCUCAAGAAGCUGUACAACAUGAAGAUUGGGAAAAGUUUGUACGAUGAACCUGGGGCUGCAAUUGUGGAUGAAGUCAUGGAGUUAGCAAAACAGAAGAACGUGGAAAUUCAUCUACCAGUGGACUUCGUGACGGGCAGCAAAUUUGGUGACGACGCGACUGUUGGGUCCGCUACAGUUGAAUCCGGCAUACCUGAAGACUAUAUGGGGUUGGAUUGCGGCCCAAAGACCAUGGAGAAAUUCCGUGCAGUGAUCCUUCGAGCGAAAACCAUUGUAUGGAAUGGACCUAUGGGCGUGUUCGAAAUGGAGAAGUUUGCCGGUGGCACAAAGGCUGCAAUGGAUGCCGUUGUCGAAGCCACUAAGAACGGUGCCACUACUAUCAUCGGUGGUGGUGACACUGCCACAUGCUGUGCGAAAUGGAAGACAGAAGACAAGGUUAGCCACGUCAGCACGGGAGGUGGAGCCAGUUUGGAACUGCUCGAAGGCAAAGAAUUACCUGGAGUUGUUGCGCUCAGUGAUGCUUAA